AAACCUAAAAAACGGAAAAAAAAACCUAGUGGGUCAGCGGGUACCCGAGUUACAUAAACUUCGGCCCGUGACCCGAAUACUUUCACGGGUUGGGUACUCGACCCGAAAAGAAAAAAAAAUUCCAAUUACAUGUCGGGUAUUUUGCGGGUCAGCAGGUCAUCGGGUCGGGUAUUGUUUUUUUUUUGCACGAACCUCCUACUCGGCAACUUAUUUUCAUUCGUCUCCUCCAACUCAUUCCCUCCCAUACUCAAUCGGCCCCUCCCAUUUCUCCACUGCAACGAGCAUCAGGUAGCCUGCAACGAAGACCCUUCGUUCGCCAACCAUCAAAACGAAGGCAACGAUGCAACGAAGUCCCUGGUUUCUCCAUUAAUCCUGCGUUUUUUGCUCAAAUCUGGAAAUCAAGCGAUUUCUUCUGUUAUUGUUGCAAAAAUUUAGGGAAUUGAGGAAAAUCCAUGUUCAAAAAUGGAUUCAGGGAGCAAAGUAUUUACGGUAGAUUUGCUUGAAAGGUAUGCUGCUAAAGGCCAUGGAGUUGUUACUUGUAUGGCUGCUGGUAAUGAUGUCACCAUGUGGGGUACCAGCAAAGGCUGGAUCAUCCGACAUGAUUUUGGACUCGGAGAUUCCUAUGGUAUUGAUCUCUGUGGUGGUCGAACCGGGGAUCAGUCUAUCCACAGUGUUUUUGUGGAUCCUGGCGGGAGUCACUGCAUUGCGACAAUUGUUGGUGAUGGAGGUGCUGAAACAUUCUACAUUCAUGCGAAAUGGAGCAAACCUCGUGCCUUGAGUAAACUAAAAGGCCUUGUUGUCAAUGCUGUUGCUUGGAAUCGACAACACAUUACGGAAGCUUCCACAAAGGAAAUCAUUCUUGGUACUAAUAAUGGUCAGCUUCAUGAGAUGGCUGUGGAUGAGAAGGAUAAAAGAGAAAAGUACAUUAAACUUCUGUAUGAACUUUCAGAACUUCCUGAAGCUUUUAUGGGAUUGCAGAUGGAAACAGCUAGCAUUAGCACAGGUACUAGGUAUUAUGUGAUGGCUGUCACUCCUAGGCGGCUUUAUACGUUUACAGGAAUUGGGUCAUUGGAGAGUGUCUUCUUGGGUUACCAAGAUCGAGCAGUGCGCUUCAUGGAACUUCCAGGUGAAAAUCUCAGUAGUGAGCUGCAUUUUUUUAUAAAGCAGAAAAGAGCAAUUCAUUUUGCUUGGCUCUCAGGAGCAGGAAUCUACCAUGGUGACUUGAACUUUGGAGCAAGCCAUAGUUCACAGGAUGGAGAUGAAAAUUUUGUGGAGAAUAAGGCACUGCUGGAUUAUUCUAAGUUAUUUGAUGGUGCUGAAGCAGUUAAACCAAGUUCUUUGGCAAUCUCAGAAUACCAUUUCUUGCUUCUUGUUGGUAAUAAAGUUAAGGUUGUGAACCGAAUUAGUGAACAGAUCAUUGAGGAACUUCACUUUCACCUAACAUCCGAGUCAUCAUCAAAGGGCAUUCUAGGUCUUUGUAGUGAUGCUUCUGCUGGUCUGUUUUAUGCAUACGACCAGAACUCUAUCUUUCAGGUUUCUGUUAAUGAUGAAGGCCGAGAUAUGUGGAAAGUUUAUUUGGACAUGAAGGAAUAUGCAGCAGCUUUGGCAAAUUGUCGUGAUGCAUUGCAGAGAGAUCAAGUCUAUCUAGCACAGGCUGAAGUUGCUUUCUCCACCAAGGACUUUCUGAGAGCUGCAUCUUUCUUUGCAAAGAUCAAUUAUAUACUCUCGUUUGAAGAAAUCACUUUGAAGUUCAUUAGUGCAAAUGAACAGGAUGCUUUAAGGACCUUUUUGCUGUGGAAAGUUGACAGUCUUUCAAAAGAUGAUAAAUGCCAAAUAACGAUGAUUUCCACAUGGGCCACUGAAUUAUACUUGGAUAAGAUCAAUCGGCUUUUAUUGGAAGAUGAUACUUCAGGUGAUCAUAAUUCCGAGUAUUGGUCACUUAUCAAAGAAUUCCGUGCUUUUCUAAGUGAUUCUAAGGAUGUGUUGGAUGAAGCCACCACAUUGAUGUUAUUAGAGAGCUAUGGUAGGGUUGAUGAAUUGGUGUACUUCGCUAGUUUGAAGGGGCAGUAUGAGAUUGUUAUUCACCAUUAUAUUCAGCAAGGAGAGGCAAAGAAAGCUUUGGAAGUUCUUGAAAAACUUGGUGUUCCCAUUCAUUUGCAGUACAAAUUUGCUCCUGACCUCAUCAUGCUCGACGCUUAUGAAACUGUUGAAUCAUGGAUGAUAAGAAAGGACCUUAAUCCAAGGAAGCUGAUUCCUGCAAUGAUGCGUUAUUCAAGUGAACCACAUGCAAAGAAUGAGACACAUCAAGUGAUCAGAUAUUUGGAGUAUUGUGUUCAUAGUUUGAAUAAUGAGGAUCCUGGAAUUCACAACCUGCUGCUUUCUUUGUAUGCUAAACAGGAGGAUGAUAGUGCUCUCCUGCGUUUUCUACAAUCCAAGUUCAGUAAAGUAAGGGAAAACAGUCCAGAAUUCUUCUAUGAUCCUAAAUAUGCUUUAAGACUUUGCCUUAAGGAGAAGAGGAUGCGUGCCUGUGUUCAUAUAUACGGUAUGAUGUCCAUGCACGAAGAAGCUGUGGCUCUUGCUUUACAGGUUGACCCAGAGCUUGCAAUGGCUGAAGCUGACAAGGUUGAAGAUGAUGAAGAAUUAAGGAAGAAACUCUGGCUCAUGAUUGCAAAGCAUGUUGUUGGGCAAGAAAAGGGGGCUAAGAGGGAGAAUAUACGAAAAGCAAUCGCUUUCCUCAAGGAAACAGAUGGCCUCCUGAAGAUAGAGGAUAUAUUACCUUUUUUUCCAGACUUUGCUUUAAUCGAUGAUUUCAGGGAGGCGAUUUGUUCAUCACUGGAAGAUUACAAUAAACAAAUUGAACUACUAAAGGAGGAGAUGAAUGAUGCAACACAAGGAGCAGAUAAUAUUAGAAAUGAUAUCGGUGCCCUUGCUCAAAGAUAUGCAAUCAUUGAGCGUGAUGAGGAAUGUGGGGUUUGCCAACGAAGAAUCUUAAAUACAGCUGCAGAUUUUGGUAUUUCAAGGGGCUAUGCGUCUCUUGGGCCUAUGGCUCCUUUCUAUGUUUUUCCAUGUGGUCAUGCUUUUCAUGCACAAUGCUUGAUUGCUCAUAUCACUCAGUGCACUGAUCCUGAAAAAGCGGAGCAUAUACUUGAUCUACAAAAGCAAUUGUCUUUGGUGAGUGGUGAAACAAGAAGAGAUUCUGAUGGUAGCCUAACUGUUCAUGAACCUGUUGCCAGCAUGAACCAAGUAGAUAAGAUACGUUCCCAAUUGGAUGAAGAAAUUGCAAGUGAAUGCCCGUUUUGUGGUGAGUUGAUGAUCCAGGAGAUAUCUUUGCCAUUCAUUCUCCCUGAAGAACAUGAGGUCAAUUCUUGGGAGAUAAAACUGCUUAAUCCCACUAACCAGAAGAGCAUUUCGUUGUCUGUUUAAUCGCUAUGUAUGAUGUUUGUUCAAAUUUUUCUUUAUGUGAAUAUCAGGCUUUCAAGUUUCAGUCUCUUAAAAGUUAAAUGCUUGUUUGGUAUUGAUCUUUAUUUUUUCAUUUUUGAAAUGUUAAUUGAUCUUCUCUCCAAGGAUAUAUUGUGUGGAAUAUAUACUUUCAUUUCGUCACUCCAAGAAGACAAUUUACUAGUAUCAGUGAAUUUGCCUUCUUUAAGUGUCUUCGACAGUUUACAAUAAUAUAUGAGGAUUUGUGAAUAUGUACAUAAAUUUGACUUCCA